GUUCUGCUUACAGAAAGAGGAACUCAUACCAAUAUUACUGAUCUUUCUCUCCUCUCUUUCCGCAGCUGAGAGAAAAUGGUGAGGUCUCCUUGCCGCGAAGAAACAGGCUUGAAGAAAGGUCCAUGGACGCCAGAAGAAGACCAGAAGCUCAUCGACUACAUUCAGAAGCAAGGCAGCCAUGGAAGCUGGAGACAUCUUCCGAGGAUCGCCGGACUUAACCGGUGUGGGAAGAGUUGCAGGCUCCGAUGGACAAACUAUCUCCGGCCUGAUAUCAAGCGCGGGAAAUUCUCAGAGGAGGAGGAGAAGCUUAUAAUUAAUCUCCACUCUAUGCUUGGAAAUAAGUGGUCUUUGAUCUCUACCAAGUUACCGGGCCGAACAGAUAAUGAGAUCAAGAAUUAUUGGAACACGCAUCUUAAAAAGAAGCUUCUAUUAAUGGGCAUCGACCCGGUCACCCACCGCCGUAGAACCGAUCUCGAGCUCCUUGCCAACUUUCCUAAGCUUCUAUCAUCUUCUUCUAAUAGCUGCAGCCUAAUAAAUCCUUUAAUGGAGAACACCCUUGGGCUUCCAACUGACACAGUGCAGCUAGCUCGAAUUCAAAUAAUGCAAGCCUUGCUUCAAGUUUUACUCAAAGCUUCUUCUUUUUCUUCUUCUUCUUCAAAUCCAAAUGCUUAUUCAAAUUUGGUUUUGAACAAUCUCUUGAGCUCUUCACUUCCUCCUCUUCAAACCUUCUCUGAUAGCUCCAAUAGCUCUUCCCUUCCUCCUGGAACUUCAGCUUUUGGAGAAUCAGUUCAAACUCCUCCUAGUUACCAAGAUUUUGCUGCUCAGAAUUCAGAAAAUAUCAGCAAACAAUUACUGUUUUAUUCUAACAGUAACAAUAUGUUAGAACCAUCUGAAAACAUUUCAGUUGACCAGAAACAAGAUCAAAUUGAUUUGAAUGAAACUUCUGCAACUAAGUCUAUCAGCACAAGGUCAUUGGAUGCAUUAAAUUUGAGUGAUCUAGAUGAUUCGGAUCUUAGCUGGAAGGAUUUUCUUGACCAAAUAUAUUGGUAGAAAGCAACUUAGAAGAGGACUGAGAGCACAGACCGAGGAAAGAUCGAUCUGUAAAUAGGAAGAUCGGUUUCAAGCGAGCUUUGUUAGUUCUUAUUAAUUACCAGCCUGAAACCUCAAAGUAGAAUACAUGUUUUGUACAUAGUAAUGUCAUUUAGAAAGAAGAAACAGUCAUGUGAAUGUAUAGAUUGUAUAAUUUAAUAUUUACUAAAAAAAAUUAUUAAUCAUUAUUGUCU